CAGGAAGUGUGUCAGUUCGCCUAGAACCGUCCACAGGCACUAUGGCAGCUUACGAACAGGUCCAAAAAGGGCCUCUGAAGUUGAAAGGAGUCGCAGACCUCGGCGUGACCAAGAGGAAAAAGAAAAAGAAGGAUAAAGACAAGGCGAAGAUCCUGGAAGCAAUGGGAACGAGCAAAAAGAACGAAGAGGAGAAGCGGCGCGGUCUGGACAAACGAACCCCGGCCCAGGCAGCCUUUGAGAAAAUGCAGGAGAAACGGCAAAUGGAAAGGAUCCUGAAGAAAGCAUCCAAAACCCACAAGCAGAGAGUGGAGGACUUCAACAGACACCUGGACACACUGACAGAGCACUAUGACAUUCCCAAAGUCAGCUGGACGAAGUAGCCUUCCAGCCCUGAUUGUGGAACACCAUUGAGCAGAAGGGGUUACGUUUGGUGCCUUUGAUGUUUUCUAGGAAUAUCGUACACAUACCCUUUCAUCUUUUGCUGAGACAGUGCUUUUCAAAGCAGUGUGCCUGCAUUCUAGAACUCAAAUUAAAGUGAGAUUGCCCUUUCACUCUAUUUUGGUUUCUUAAAAUAGCAAAGAGAAGAUAAGCCUUUUUAGUUUGGACUGGAAAUCCCUGAAAGCUUAUCCGGAAUCAUUUCUGUGUAAAUGCUAUGGGAGGCUUUUUUAACCCCCAGUGUAUCUAACUCUUUGUCAACAGCCAGCCAGCUAUCUUUGUCUGGAGGAAACUGACUCUAAGGAGCUCAGUCCUCAAGGCUCAAAACGUGCAGACCUCUUGGAGUCUUGCAGGGCCUUCCGUAUUCCUUCUACCGUAGGAUAGAUGCUGUUCUUCCAGGCCCUGAGAAAUCCACUUGCAGCUUCAUGUCAUCCUCACUGAGACAACAUAGCCUAGGAGACAGCUUUCUCUUCUCCAUUACCCCCUUUCUGAGUAUAUGUGGUAGACAUUGCUAGUUGUGCACAGCGUUGUGAUGUAAUCCAAAAGAUGUAUGCCCCACUACUGUGAACCCUGAACUCCAAGCAGGGACCUCAACCUGUAAUUGCUCAGAAUUGGCAUAGAACAUGGAGCCUGUUUGGUGUUUCUGGCCUGAGGACUCUGGGGACAGGGCCAGGUAAGAGCACAGACAGACAUGGGUACAGGUAAAGUGUUGGUAAACCCAGGUUCUGGUGCUGGAGUGCCAGGACCUUUAAGGGUUUAUGUAUACCCAGUGAGGAUGGAACUGCACACCCCUGUGGGAAAAACAUGGAAAGAAAAAGUCUGAUGAGAAAAGCCAAAUGGUGGAUUUGGUGCUGUCAUGUGAACUGCAGAAUAAAGCAAAAGCUAAUU